GUGAGAGCAGACAGAGAGGCUGAGAAGCACAGAGGCAGUCUCUAACUCUAGCCCAAUGAGCUCUCAGCCCCUCACACACACACUCUCUCUCAGCGCUGGCUCAGUCUCCGCUUCAACACUGGGACACAGAGAGAGGCAGCAAGAGGCGGAGAAGGAGAGUAAGAGAGAGGGAGUGAGAAAGAGGAAGAGCGGGAGAUCGGUAGUGUGUAUGUGUGUGUGAGAGAGAGAGCACCAUGGCUUUAGACCCAGGGCUCAUAGCACUGCUUCUAUGGACUAUACCACUACAAGUACUGGGCAAUGCCGGAAACAACAAUAACAAUGAAGUGAAUCUACUAGACACAUCCUCAAUAUCAGGAGACUGGGGCUGGCUAACAUACCCAUCACAUGGGUGGGAUUCCAUCAAUGAGAUGGAUGAGUAUUUCAGCCCCAUCCACACGUACCAGGUGUGUAACGUGAUGAGUCCCAGUCAGAACAACUGGCUGAGGACAGGCUGGAUCGCUCGUGACGGAGCCAGGAGGAUCUACAUUGAGGUCAAGUUCACCCUCCGGGACUGUAACAGCAUGCCUGGAGUCCUGGGAACCUGCAAGGAGACAUUUAACCUGUACUACUAUGAGUCAGACCGAGCGGUGGGCACGGCCAUAAAAGAGACCCAGUUCACCAAGAUCGACACCAUCGCUGCUGAUGAGAGCUUCACUGGAGUGGACCUGGGAGUCAGGAGACUCAAACUCAACACUGAGGUUCGAGGUGUGGGCCCCCUCACUAGACGAGGCUUCUACCUGGCCUUCCAGGACAUCGGGGCGUGCAUCGCCCUGACCUCUGUGAGGGUGUACUACAAGCGCUGCUCGGGCGUGGGCCGCAACCUGGCCGUGUUCACUGACGUGGUGACGGGCGCUGACUCCUCCUCCCUGGUGGAGGUCAGGGGUCAGUGUGUGGACCACGCCGAGGAGAGAGACACGCCCAAGAUGUACUGCAGCGCCGAGGGGGAGUGGCUGGUGCCCAUCGGGAGGUGUGUCUGCAGUGCAGGGUUCGAGGAGCACAGGGAGUCCUGCAUCGCGUGUGAGGUGGGUUUCUAUAAGCCAGUAGCAGGUGAUGGGUUGUGUGGGAAGUGUCCUCUACAAAGCCACUCAGAGACCAGAGCUGCCCUCUCCUGCCCCUGUGACUCCAGCCAUUACAGAGCCCCCACCGACACCCUUGCUGCACCCUGCACACGCCCCCCAACAGCUCCAGUAAACGUGAUAUCGUCAGUUAACGGGACGUCAGUGAAUCUGGAGUGGGGGCAACCGCUGGACUCUGGGGGUCGCAGUGACCUGCUGUACAGUUUGCUCUGUCAGAAGUGUUCUGGGGAGGGGGGGCAGUGUGAGGACUGUACAGCAGGGACAACCAGUGGGGGAGGGGGGAUGGGAGGAGGGGGUGGAGGGACAGUGGACCGUGCCGGUGCAGUACCGGUGCGGUUCGUUCCCCGGCAGAGCUCUCUGACUGAACCCUGGGUGACUGUUCUAAACCUGGUUGCUCACGCCAACUACACCUUCCGCAUCCUAGCGAUGAAUGCAGUGACUCAUCUGAGCAACGAGCUGCCGCCCUUCGCCUCUGUCAACAUCACUACGAACCAGGCAGCCCCCUCCCAGGUAAUUGCGAUUCGACAAGAGAACGCAAGUCAGAAUAGUGUCACUCUGCUGUGGCACGAACCAGACCAGCCCAACGGAGUCAUACUGGAGUAUGACGUCAAAUACUACGAGAAGGAUAAGGAGCAGCAGAGUUACUCCACCCUGAAGGCCAAGGGGACCACGGCCCGGGUGUCUGGUCUGAAGCCCGGUACCAGGUACAUCUUCCAGGUCCGGGCCAGAACCUCGGCAGGCUGCGGACGCUUCAGCCAGAACGUGGAGAUCCAGACCGGGAAAGCAAUUCCUCUGCGCUACGACACUAUGACCAUCACCUGGAUCUGUAUGGUCCUGGUCUCUGGCCUCGUCACCUUCCUGGCCAUCGUCAUCUGCAGGAAACGACACUGUGGCUAUAGCAAGGCCUUCCAGGACUCUGAUGAGGAGAAAAUGCACUACCAGAAUGGCCAUGUGUCAUUCCCCGACACACGUUUCUACAUCGAUCCACACACCUACGAGGACCCAUGCCAGGCCGUCCAUGAGUUUGCCAGAGAAAUUGAAGCUUCCAGGAUCAAACUGGAGAAAAUCAUUGGCUCAGGUGAGUUUGGGGAGGUGUGUUACGGGCGGAUGCGUCUCCCAGGGAAGAGAGACAUCCCGGUGGCUCUGAAGACGCUGAAGGCAGGAUACAGUGACAAGCAGAGGAGAGAAUUUCUGGCUGAGGCAUCAAUCAUGGCCCAGUUUGACCACCCUAACAUCAUCCACCUGGAGGGAGUGGUAACACGCAGUAAACCAGUCAUGAUCAUCACUGAGUACAUGGAGAAUGGAUCUCUGGACUCUUUCCUGAGGAGACAUGAUGGUCAGUUCACUAUAAUCCAGUUGGUGGGCGUGCUGCGUGGCAUCGCUGCAGGUAUGACCUACCUGGCAGACCUGGGCUACAUCCACCGCGACCUGGCAGCUCGUAACAUCCUGGUCAACAGCAACUUGGUGUGUAAGGUGUCUGACUUUGGCCUGUCUAGAGUCCUGGAGGACGAUCCCGAUGCAGCAUACACCACCAGCGGUGGUAAGAUUCCGAUCCGCUGGACAGCACCGGAGGCCAUCGCCUACAGGAAGUUCUCCUCAUCCAGUGACGUGUGGAGCUACGGCGUAGUCAUGUGGGAGGUGAUGUCAUACGGGGAGAGGCCAUACUGGAACCUCACCAACCGAGAUGUGAUAAAAUCAGUAGAGGAGGGCUACAGGCUGCCUGCUCCAAUGAGUUGUCCAGGUGCUCUACACACUCUCAUGCUGGACUGCUGGCAGAAGGAUAGGAACGAGAGGCCUCGCUUCUGCCAGAUUGUUACGGUUCUAGACAAGCUUAUCCGGAACCCGGAGAACCUUAAGUCCAUGGACACGCUGUGCAGGUUAGGCACACCUCCCAUGAUGGACAGAAGUAUCCCAGACUUCAGCAGCUGUAGUUCUGUGGAUGAGUGGCUGGAUACCAUCAAGAUGGGCCGAUACAAGGACCACUUUGCUGUAGGAGGCUACCAGACCUUGGGCCACAUCAUAAGCAUGAACCAAGGGGAUAUACACAGGCUGGGGGUGACACUGAUGGGCCACCAGAAGAAGAUCAUGACCAGUGUACAGCUGAUGCGUGUUCAGGUGCUCAACAGGAGUGUGCCCUCAGUGCAUGUGUAACUUCAGCCCCCAGGCUUCUCCAGCCAGCCGAAUGUCAAAUCUAGCCCCGGGCUUCUGAGGCCUAGUGGAACUUCAUGGGAAUAGAUCUAUGACUCCUAUAAGAUUGUCUGGGUGACAUUUUGAUCAAGACUUCUUCUUUGAAAGAUUGAAACUUCCAGAGGACGGAUAUGAAGGGACUCGAGUACAGUAGCCUAUCAAGUCCAUGGGACAUUUUCAUCAUUGGUUUUUCCUAUUCAGAUAUGUUUUGUGAGUUCUGUGUCUUGUUUGUAAAAAUGGAUGGACUGCCUUAAUCUCCACAGACAAUUUUAAUUUUGUUGUAUACAAAGAGAGAUUUUAUGAAUAUGAAUUUAUUAGAAGAAUAUGUUAUAAUGGAUCUGAGUGAUAGCCUAGCAUACAGUAAGAGAGAGACUGACAGGGGCUGGAGCAUUCAGCUGUGUCCCCGAGCACACAGCUUCUCUUAUGGUUCCCCUGAGAACCGGCCCCCGACUCCAAAACUGACAUGGCACAAGAAGACCCUGCACCUGACAAUGGACAAACAGCAAAAAAAACAGAAGUCCCAAGUCUCCUCCAUCGAGGAGGAGACCAGUUUCAACAAGAGAGACAAACUCACAUAGUAAACCUUUGAAUGACCAUGGGAGAGAAGCAUUGUGUUCUCUCCCUGUUACAGCUGCAUAGCGCACAACUACUGUAGAGAAGAUGUAUGGAUGAUGACUUCAUGUGAUGUGUCACUGUUUUGACUCUGUGGUGGUUAGAAGGGGAAAACUAAGAAUAGGAAAAGUUCUGUAUGUGGAAUGUUUUUAUCUAAAUACCCUGAAAACAAUAUAAUUUAUGGUCCUAGUUUCUCUGUGCAAUCAAGAGAAUGCUUUUCUUGUGCACCUCUGUAGGACUAUAAUAGGUGGUUGUGUCUCUUUUUAUUAGAGAAGAACCUCAUAUUCCCUGAAUAUGCAUUGCAUAACUAUGGUGUCAUUUUAAUAAUGUUUCCGGAUCUUUCUCGAGAUGCUUUAAAAAUAUAUAUUGAAAUUCCAUAUUUUAUAAAAGUAUGUUUUAUUAGAUUAAUUAAUUGACAAACAUCCUUCAGUUUUGUCUAUACCAUUACAUACCUACAGUCACAGCAAUACAACUGGAUUUACUCACCUCUGUCUGAAAUUAGGUCUAUUUGCUGUCAAACUAAAUUCAAAAGACACAGGCUUUUUGCAGAGAUUGAUGGAACAUCCUUGUUUCUAAUGUUGAAUCAUGAAAUGUGCAAAUAGUCCAUGAUGACACAAUAAAGAAAACGAUUGUGUGUGUGUGUGUGACUGAAACAGCGAUACACUUCUGUAUGCAUAGCUCAAUGCUGAUAGAGUCCACUACCAUGACUGAUCUGGGAAUGAAUAAAACGAGUUUAACACAACAA